CGAUGUCUCACACCAUUUUGCUGGUACAGCCUAACAAGAGGCCAGAAGGCAGAACUUAUGCUAUGAAUCUGAAUGAGUGCAUGGAAGGCGUUUGUAAAAUGUAUGAAGAACAUCUGAAGAGAAUGAAUCCCAACAGUCCUUCCAUCACAUAUGACAUCAGCCAGUUGUUUGAUUUUAUUGAUGAUCUGGCAGAUCUCAGCUGUGUUGUUUACCGAGCUGAUACCCAGACAUACCAGCAUUAUAACAAAGACUGGAUCAAAGAGAAGGUCUACAUGCUGCUUCGUGGGCAGGCCCAGCAGGCUGGGAGAUGA